AUGUACACGCCAACUUUGGAACAGACACAAUGGCAUACAGUCCACCAACGAAAUAUUGGAUCCGACGUAAGCUUCGAGGUUGAGUUUAAAGAUAUCAAGAGACUUGUACCAGAUUGGGACGACGAAGACGUUGACGAGCUUAUGGUUCUAUCUCCAAGACGGAAGCCAGUUAAAGCUUUGACAGUAGUCCCUGAGGACAUUCGGUCUCCGCGUAAGGUUUCUGCGGCAGACUUUGAAGUCAUCUGCUCAAUGCGCGUAAAACCAAAUGAAUCGAGCGACAUUGUCCUGGGGCGCAAGAAGGAUACCAGAAAUCCGUACGCUAUCAAAGUGUUAAGGAAAGCUGCGUGCCUGGACGGCCGAGAUCUCUGGCGUUUCCGGACCGAGCAGGCAGUGCUGCGUUUGCUCACUGAGCGCGGAGUUCCGUUUGCGGCUAAGCUGCAGUGGAGCUUCCAGGACGAAAAGGCACUCUACCUGGUGAUGACCGGCAACGCGGAGACGAGUUUGAAAACGUGUGUGGAGCGCAAUGGUCCCUUCCACCGGGACGACGCACAGCUACUCGCUGCUGAGCUCGUAGUCGGCAUUUCAGCCUUACAUGAGCUAAGAAUCCUCCAUAGGGACGUGCAGCCCGAGAAUGUGCUCGUAGGAGGGGACGGACACGUCGUUCUCUCAGGCUUUAGCGAAGCUCGAUUCGAACAGAAGCCCUUAUAUGACGCUGUAAAAUCCACCGACAGCGUGAGGGAAGUGAAUUUUGGAGUGUAUCAGGCACCAGAGGUCCUUCUCGAUUGGAGAUACAAUUUUGCUGUCGACUGGUGGGGUUUCGGUCUAGUGCUAUGUUUCAUGUCCACAGGCAAACAUGCUUUUUGCGAUUCUGAUGAAUUGUCACUGUCACAUCCAUCCCUACUGCUCAGUAGACUCUUGCAUGGUGACUUGACGCCUAGUGUAUCCGAGUUAUUAAGUCCCCUUCUAUUGGAUAUCAUUUCAAAGUGUCUUGAGCGUAAUCCGGCGUUGCGUCUGGAUGCAAAGGGCAUCAAACGACACGCGUAUUUUGCGCAAACGGACUGGGGUAUGGUUGGAAACAAACAACUUUCAGGUACUGUGGACUUCAAAGGUGGCGUCGGACAAGAUGGACAGAAUCAUCUGUCUGUUGACACAGAUACCUCAAUCGCAGAAGUCCGAGAAAUGUUUGCCUCGACCUUGUUGCGUAAUAGGUCGGCUAACACUGGGGUUGUCGAAGGGUUCUCAUUCACUUGGGAACAGGAUAGUACUAAUUUUGACAAGGGUGUUACGCAGGGUCCUCCAGACAGUUUCGAAAUUGGCCAAGAUGCCACAACUGUAUCCCUUAAUUCAGAGACGUCAGAAAGCACGCCUCUAAUGCAAGCCACUCAGGUCUUGGGUACCGAAGAGCACCGAGUCGACAACGGGAUCCCUACGGAAUUCGGAGUUUGUCGGCCAAGUCCGCAAUCACCGAAGAAGCUUGGAACUCUCCGUAAAUAUGCUAGUCUCAAUUUUGAUCUGGACACGCUGGAGUCUGCACCUGCCUCUGGUCGAGUGAAUCCAAUGGGGGUGGCUUCUCCUUUAUCCUCUCACCAGCUACGGAAGUCUCAGUCGAUCUACGCCUCUCCGUUUACGCAAUCACCUGCAGGCGGGCGGAAUAAAUUACGCAAGAAGGCACGACCAGAGAGUACCCCAAUUCCUGCAUUCAUGCAGUAUCCGAUUCCUGACCUACCACCUGGAAUUGAGCGAAUCGGAAAUGGGAUCGGUUACACGCGACGGGCUAAUCCUGUACAUGCGCGCCUGUCCAUAUCCACGUUGACACCGCGCUCAUGCCACGGUAUAUUCUCAGGAGGACGGCUUCCUCGAGUAACGCAUAAGCAGGGCAGCAAGAAGACUUGGAGCGGGAACGAUGCUGAUGGCGCCGGGACCGGGUCGGUGAGCGUUUCGAGCGACAAUGAAGACCAAAUGGAUGCGGUGAUGAGGGAAAUGUACGGGAGUAGGUGGAAUCUCGGACUCUCGGCGAGCGAAAUGUCGCAUCCUAGUGGUGCGGACCCGAGGGUGUACUCUACUCUGCCCAGGGCCAGCGUCGGCCUGGGCCUGGGCCAAGAUGCUCCGGACAUAUCUCUCAGUUCAAGAUUUCCUGUUCUUCCCGCAGAACUUUCGACUCUUAGUCCGGACAGUACUCUUCGACUGGUCUCGCCAUCGGCGCAGGGAUUUGAUUACUGCUAG